AGGGCGCACGUGUGAAUGCAGCUUCGCCCAUGACAAGUCCAAGGGGAGCUCAGCUCCCUUUCUGUGCACUGGCUCAUAGGCUAUUUUAAGCACAUUUCCCACAAGCCCCGCUAGGAGGAGGAGAAGGGGAAAAGCAGCAGGAGCAGCAGAAGAAGGAGAUGCCGCCACGGAUGGAGUAAUUUGACACCAUCUUAUCCGCCGCAGCCUGCACAGCUGCGGAGAGCGCGCCCCAUGCCCAGGGCUUAAGGGAUGCGCGUUCAAAUCCUGGCGCCUGCUGCUGCUGCUGCGUUUAGCCAAAGGAGAGGCAGGCAGGCUUCUCCUGCCUCCGAAAGCGGAGGCCGGGCUACAGCGGGGAUGCUCUGGCCGUGAGGAGCUUGCAGGGGCCAUGGAGAACGACUUGGCUUCCGAGGAUGACACCCGAUUCUCAGCUAAAGCAUCUGUGACAGAUGGCCAGUCCCCUAUUCUGUUCUCACAGGGGCCUCGCAGAUGCCCCAUUAGGAAGCCCACAUGCAAGACCUGAGUGCAACAGCGCUGCCCUCUCUGCUUGUGAUUCCCAGCAACAGGAAUACAGAUGCAUACUGUGCAAUGCUUCUUUCGGAGAAAGAGUUUCACGAUGCGGCAAAGCGGAACAACACAGCACGGAUGAUUGAGCUGAUCAAGAGAGGGGUGGAUGUCAAGGCCAAGAAUAAUAUAGACAGGACCGCUCUCCACUGGGCUGCAGGAGCUGGUCACGAACAGGCCGUCCGUCUUCUCCUAGACCACGAUGCCUCUGUGAAUGACGAGGACAACUUUGGGAUGAACGCCCUCCUCUUGUCCGCCUGGUUUGGCCACCUCCGUGUCCUUCAGAUCCUUGUCACUGCUGGUGCCAAAAUCAACUGCCAAAACAAGAAUGGUCGCAACUUGUUGCAUUGCGCAGCCCAAAGAGGUCAUAUCAGGGUCAUUGAGUUCAUCAUGGAAGACCUCGAGGAUGUGCAGCUGGAUAAGAAAGACAAGAUGGACAGGACGGCAUUUCAUCUGGCUGCUGAGAAUGGGCAACUGGAGGUGGUGGACUUCCUGAUUCGCUUAGGUUGUGCCUGUAGAAUCAAAGACAAGGAGAAGAACACAGCGCUUCAUCUAGCUGCCAAGAAUGGUCAUGCAGAGGUGCUGCAGAAGCUUAUAGAUGUAGGAAUGAACCUUGAUGAGAAGAAUACGGAAGGGUUGAGCGCCCUGCACUUGGCUGCUGAAAAUGGUCAUCAUGGCUGCAUGAAGCUGCUCCUGGAAGCCGGCUGUGAUGUCAACAUCCAAACUCAGAAAAAGAUGACCUGCCUUCAUUAUGCUGCACAAAAUGGCUAUGAGAUCAUGGCCAGGAUCCUUAUUGAUGCAGGAAUUCACACAGAUACACUGAAUUACCAAAAUGCAUCAGCUAUGCACAUUGCGGUGCUACAGAAUCACCCAGCCAUCGUUAAACUCCUAAUUGAUGCUGAAUGUGACCUGGAUAUCCCUGAUAAUAGGCAGCAGAGCCCACUGCAUAUUGCUGCAGAGCAUGGGAGACAGGACAUUGCUGAGAUGAUUCUUAUCGCUGGGGUGAACUUAAAACUAACAGACAAGCAAGGUAAAACAUCCCUAGAUAUUGCUGCACGUGGCAACCACAUCAACCUGGCUGACAUGAUCAUCAAAGCAGACAGGUUUUACAAAUGGGAAAAGGAUAAUCUGAACAGCGACUCCGACUCCUGGGUAGCCAAGCACUUAACCUUCAAGCAGGACCACCGGAUGGAGACGCAGCACAUCCGCUCCGUCAUGUGGAGGCUUGCGACCAAAUACCUCAAACCCAACGAGUGGAAGAAGCUGGCACAUUACUGGAAAUUCACCGAGGCUCAUAUCAGAGCCAUUGAGCACCAGUGGGCAGGCAGCAAAAGCUACAGAGAACACGGUCAUAGGAUGUUGCUUAUUUGGCUCCAUAGCGUGAUUAUGGCAGGGGAAAACCCAGUCAAAGGACUGUAUGAAGGCCUGGUGGGCAUCGGAAGAAGAGACUUGGCAGAAAGCAUCAGGAAACAGGCGAAUGCAGACUCCACCUCACCAAGGAAGUGCACUGCGAUGUGAUACCAGUAAGAGCACAGGAAACCUCCUGUUUUCGCUGCUUCAGAAGUUUCACGGUGGAGCCACAGCAAGCAAAAUGGACAAUUCUGAACUGUUGGUCAGAAGGUAUCCAUAAACUCUUUCUCCAAGGGCUUCUUGCCAUAGCAAAUGGCAACCGUAUCCACUAUCCACUCAAGAUCAGGUAACAAUGCACAUCAACAGGCACUGCUCACAGCAAUGCAUUCUUUAUAGUAAAGAGAAGGCACGAUUCUCAAAACAUGGGAGACCAGGAAGUGAAAUAUACACCAUAUUUUCCAGAUCUAAAUCUAAGGUUACAAUCUCAAGUUCCGGGAUGGCCCAGGACGUUUUGCCGCUUCAGGAAAACUCGCCACUGCACCCAAUCCCUCUCCACAGCUGUACCCUGCCUGUGACAGAGGUGGGUUUGUGGCAACCACGUAGGAGGCAGCAAUGGUGAACAGCAUGCUCUUCGAUCUCAGUUAGGCCAUCAGAGGCAACUGUCUUCAUGGCUGGGCCAGCCCUGCUUGAGUAAACCUUGUUAAAUCAAUAUAAAUUACUGAUCAGCAAAUGCUGUUAAGAGCGUAAUGGGACAUGCAUAACAAUGUUUCUCAGCUGGAAAAUCUCACUGUGAAAUAAGAAAACUCUGCAAUUCUCCCGGUUUUUCUAAACGCACCUCCAUUGUGGUAGGGGCAGGUACGAUUGCAGGGAAAAAGCUGAUUUAAGUUUCACUAAAGAAUGAUGGCAUCUCAUGUUCCACCAUUGGAGACUGCACGGAGAGAGACGCCUAGAAUUCUGCUCUUGUGCCAGUCAGGUGCUAGCGAGCCACAUUUAUUUCUCAGUGUAAGCUGUUUACAUUUCUCCCAUGCAGGCAUACUUUUUUUAAAAAAACAAGAAUUUUAUGAAGAAGCCCCACCCACCCUUGGACCUCUCUCUGUGCAAAAAAGCCAAGCACACUAUUGGGCCAGAGUUAAGUGUUUGUUAGUUCCAUGGACUCCAAGAAAUACAAUUAGAUGCAUGCUUACUUUGGGUUGGAUUGUGGCCUAGGUUAGCAGAUCUUUUUCCAGUCUGAGGACUAUAUUCCCUCCUGGACAACCUCCGGGGACCCUUUUGCCAGCGGCAGGCAGGGCCAGAAGUGAAAACUGGAGGCCCAAGUGUGACACCAGGGUUGCCCUAUUUCAAAAAGUGAAAAUCUAGACACAAAAGGUGUAAAGCUUUUGUGUGUGUGUGGCAAAGUUAUGAGCUAUCCAGGGUUUCAACAGGGGUCUCUCCUCUCCUCCACCCUGGAGACUGAACCUGAGACCUUCUGCAGGCAAGACAGAUGCUCUAGCAAGGGUCCUUCUACUGAAGAAAACACAUCUUUUCCUUUAACUCUUAUGGAGUAUUUGUGUGUCUGCAAACAGAUGCCCCAGCUGCAUGCUUCUCAAGCACAAGAAUGCCCUUUGAGUGUUACAGCAGAAGACGAAUCAGCCAUUUAUUUUAUGUUCUUCACGAAGCAAUUUCAUUUGAACUUGGAUGGAGCAUGAGACUUCAGUGCCUAAUAAACAGUGGGCAGCUACCUCAUGCUUUUUGCACCAUGUCCCCUCCUCCCCGAAGGAGUAGCUUGACUCAGUCCAUGUGAAAUAUACUAGGGUUGACUUGAUUUAGAACUGCAUACUAAGAACCAAAGCCAAUACUUUGGUAAUCCAUGCUUAACCUCUUAUUUUUGUACACCUUAGAGCAGAGGUGGAACUUUGUAGCCCCCCCCCCCGAAGUUGAUGGACUCCAACUCCCAUCGCCCUUGACCCAUCAGGCCAUGCUGGCUGAUGGGAGUUGAAGUCCAACAAAAUCAGGAAGGACACAGGUUCCCUAACUUUUGCCUUUGAGCUAUGCAUAUGGAAAGAAAGCUGGAUAGCCAAAUGCUCCUCCUCAGCGUAUCAACAGCUACAAGUUCACUGAAAGGAGGAGUUAUCAGCUUCAGAUUCUCUACAGU